AUGCUAGGCGACUUUCGGACCUCAAGGUUAUCGACUUUCGGACAUCAAGGUGAUCAACCUUCGGACUUGAAGCUUCUGCUCGACUGUCUGCCCUUUCUUCGUGCUCGCCUAUCACGCCUGAUGCAAUAUUGCGCUGCCAGAUGUGUACAGAGUGUCAUUCCCCGUUUGCGUUUACUGAUACAUCAGCGCAGACACGCUCUCGUAUCCGGCGCCCUUCAGCUUCCCCCUCUGAUCCUCCGUGACUGUAUACCGGACUGA